UCCGUGGCGGGAAAGGCGGCUGUCUAGUCGCCCCUUGCGAGAAGCCGAGGGCUUUCAGGAGCGCCCUGCUGGCGAGUAGCGUCGUCAUGGAUGCCGCCGAGGUAGAGUUCCUGGCCGAGAAGGAGCUGGUUACUAUCAUCCCUAACUUCAGUCUGGAUAAGAUCUACCUCAUCGGGGGGGAGCUGGGCCCGUUUGACCCUGGGCUCCCGGUGGACGUGCCGCUGUGGCUGGCCGUCAGCCUGAAGCAGAGACAGAAGUGUCGCCUGCUGCCGCCGCCCUGGAUGGACGUCGAAAAGUUGGAGAAGAUGAGGGAUCAUGAAAGAAAGGAGGAAACUUUCACCCCAGUGCCCAGCCCUUACUACAUGGAGCUCACCAAACUCCUGCUCACUCAUGCUUCAGACAACAUCCCCAAAGCAGAUACGAUCCGCACCCUGAUCAAAGAUCUGUGGGACACACGCAUGGCCAAGCUCCGGGUGUCUGCCGACAGCUUUGUGCGGCACCAGGAGGCGCAUGCCAAGCUGGAUAACUUGACCUUAAUGGAGAUCAACACCAGUGGGGCCUUCCUCACAGAGGCGCUCCGCCACAUGUACAGGCUGCGCACCAACCUCCAGCCUUCUGAGAGCGCCAUGUCGCAGGACUUCUAGAGGGCCUUGCCUCUGCUGCGGGGAGGCUUGCUGGGCAGUGAGUGCGCGCUCUGGAUGUGACAGAGGGACUCAUGGAUCUAGAGUUCUGCACACAUUUUUGAACAUGUGGAAAAGGUGUGGUGGUUCUAGGAGUGAGUGUAUCAAGCAGGAGAAAGCGGCAAGCUUGUGACUGCUCAGUCUGGGACGCAGCUCCUCUGGACAGUCAGUGCCCCCUCGCCAUUCCUGAGCUGGCUCUGCUUCUGCGGUGCGAAGGAAGGAGCUUUAAACAAGCAAGUUCUCCCCAGCAGGCUGUGGUCUCCUGCGUGGACAUGCCCGGCGGUGACCGGUGCAGACACACAGGAGUGGGGGUGUGGCCAGGAGCGUUUCCCUUUCUUGAUCUUGGUUUCUUGGCUAAAGUUAGAACAUUGUAGGCUUGGCUCACACACGACAGCUGGCGAAAGGUUGGCGGUGCUGCCUGUUGUCAUCCGAGGCUCAGUCCACAAUAAAAAUGUGCUCAGCUGGACUCUGUUGGGUUUGACCUUAACUCCCAAGUGAAAGGUGGUCAGGAUGCCGUGGUGCACUACACUGCCAGCUGU